CUCCUCAGUGAGAGACGCGUUGCCUGAUAAUUUUCAUAAACAAGGUGACAUUUAAAUUUUCGAAACGAUACUGUGCUAAACUAUGCCUCGGCCGACACGUGAGUCUUACGGUGAUCAGAAACCACCAUUUUCAUACAUAGCGCUAACUGCUAUGGCGAUCUGGAGUUCUCCCGAGCGCAUGCUGCCGCUGUCGGAGAUCUACCGGUUCAUCACGGACAGGUUCCCGUACUACCGGCGCAACACGCAGCGCUGGCAGAACUCGCUGCGGCACAACCUCUCCUUCAACGACUGCUUCGUAAAGGUCCCCCGUCGCCCAGACAGGCCCGGGAAAGGAGCCUACUGGACACUGCAUCCACAGGCCUUCGACAUGUUCGAGAAUGGAUCGUUGCUCAGGAGACGCAAGAGAUUUAAGUUGCAUAAAGGUGAAAAAGAUAGCCUGAACGCGGAAUUGGCGGCACUCGCUAGUUUUAAUAGAGCAUUCUUAGCGAGACAGGCUGGGGCUCCCUCGGCAACUAGUUUACCAAACGGUAGCCUAUACUCUCCAGCAGCUACUAUGUGUUCAAGGCCUAGUCCUGAACCGAUAGAUGCUCCAGAUACAGCAGCACUGUUGCCUGUAGGACCGCGACCUCGUCGGGCGUUCACUAUAGAUGCUCUGUUAGAGCCAGAGCCACGUCGUUUGUCACCUUCACCCCCGCCCCUGCCACCACCGCCCUUGCAGCCACAUUGCCCGUUGCCACUUCCUCCAGCUCCCUACUUGCUGGCUGCGCAGAGGUAUCACGCCGAGCUGCUGGCAGGCUUGCAACAAUCCUGUUUACCUCCAUUAUGGACUUGGCGGGAUACCAGUCAAUUCUCACAUUAUACGCUUAAUUCAUGAAUGGUACCUGCAUAACAUCGACGUAAGAAAAUAAAGAUCUCAGACGUGUGUAGCUCUAGUAUAAGUGUCUAGAGACAAUUCGUUAUGACUAAGAUAAAUAAAAAAACAUUAGAGAAUAAAGAAACAUAUUAGUGAUGCUGAAGGGAUAUUGUUCAGUGGCGAUCUUGUGGGUAUAAGUACCACAAUAAGUGUUAUCUAAUAAGAUCAACGGAGCUUCUGUUACGGAAGGGAAUACAACGCGAAAGCAUGUAAAGCACAGCUUUCUUGAGACUGAAUUCAAUAAAGAAAAUAUUAGCUUUUUCCCUUUAGUCAGCUGUUGCCCAAUAAUUUUGCUAUGUUUAAUAAUUUUGGAAUCUGUGAUAAUUAUUGUAAUGUUAUUGUAAGUCUAUGUAUGUAAAUAUGUACAGAUUUAGAUAAUUUAUAAUGAAGACAACUAUAACUUAUUGUAGU